AUGGCGUGGGUCAACCAGGGAAUGCAAGCGCUUAUCCCUGUUAUCAAUAGGGUACAGGACGCGUUUUCUCAACUAGGCACUACUGUUAGUUUUGAACUUCCUCAAAUCGCUGUAGUGGGAGGACAAAGUGCGGGAAAAUCGUCAGUGUUGGAAAAUUUUGUCGGAAGAGACUUUCUGCCACGAGGUUCGGGCAUAGUUACUCGACGUCCACUUAUUCUCCAACUAAUUCAAGAUAGAAAUGAGUAUGCUGAAUUUUUGCACAAGAAAGGGACAUAUUUUUCCGAUUUUGAUGCUGUUCGGAAGGAAAUCGAAGACGAAACAGAUCGAGUAACUGGUCAGAAUAAGGGGAUAUCACCGCAUCCUAUUAACUUGCGGGUUUUCAGUCCUAACGUGCUCAAUCUCACAUUGAUCGAUCUUCCUGGAAUGACAAAAGUACCUGUUGGUGAUCAACCACCAGACAUUGAACAUCAAAUCCGCGAGAUGAUUCUGACUUUCAUUAAUAGGGAAACGUGUCUCAUACUGGCAGUCACACCGGCCAAUAGUGAUCUUGCCACAUCUGAUGCGUUGAAACUGGCAAAGGAAGUUGAUCCACAAGGUUUGCGGACAAUUGGUGUGUUGACAAAGCUGGAUCUCAUGGAUGAAGGCACUGAUGCCCGCGAUAUUUUGGAAAAUCGCCUCUUUCCACUUCGUCGAGGUUAUGUUGGAGUAGUUAAUCGUGGUCAAAAGGAUAUUGUCGGUAAGAAGGAUAUUCGCGCUGCCCUGGAUGCCGAGAGGAAAUUUUUCUUGUCACAUCCCUCGUACAGGCACAUGGCGGAUCGCCUGGGCACACAGUAUCUUCAACGCACGCUGAAUCAGCAGCUUACCAAUCAUAUCAGAGAUACACUGCCAACUCUACGAGAUAGUCUUCAAAAGAAGCUGUUUGCUUUGGAAAAAGACGUAGCGGAGUACAAGAAUUUUCAACCGAAUGAUCCUGGGCGCAAAACUAAGGCUCUUCUCCAGAUGGUGCAGCAGUUCACGGUUGAUAUUGAGAGGUCAAUCGAAGGUUCCUCUGCAAAACUCGUAUCAACAAAUGAGCUAAGUGGGGGAGCUCGCAUUAACCGGCUUUUUCAUGAGCGAUUUCCUUUCGAAAUUGUCAAGAUGGAGAUUGACGAGAAGGAAAUGCGUAAAGAGAUACAAUUUGCCAUUCGAAACAUUCACGGAAUCAGGGUCGGUCUUUUCACACCGGACAUGGCAUUUGAGGCGAUAGCAAAGAAACAGAUUGCACGCUUGAAAGAGCCCUCGUUGAAAUGUGUGGACCUGGUCGUAAAUGAACUUGCCAACGUUAUAAGACAAUGCGCAGAAUGUCUAUCACGUUAUCCGCGCUUACGUGACGAAAUCGAACGAAUCGUUGUCACUAGGGUUCGAGAAAAGGAACAAUAUGCCAAAAGUCAAAUCUCACUUAUUGUUGAUUAUGAACUUGCCUACAUGAACACUAAUCAUGAAGACUUUAUCGGGUUUAGCAACGCUGAAGCGAAAGCAAAUCAGGGACAAACAUCGUCCAAGAAAAAUCUUGGGGUGCAAGUGAUUCGAAAAGGAUGGCUGUCCAUCAACAAUAUUUCCUUCAUUAAAGGCUCGAAAGAUUGCUGGUUUGUGCUGAUGUCAGAUAGUUUGAGCUGGUUCAAGGACGACGAGGAGAAGGAAAAGAAGUACAUGCUGCCGCUUGACGGUAUCAAAUUGCGUGAUAUUGAAAGCGGGUUCAUGUCUCGCCAACACAAGUUCGCACUCUUCUACCCGGACGGAAAGAAUAUCUAUAAGGAUUAUAAACAGCUCGAGUUGGGAUGCAACAAUCUUGAUGAAGUGGACGCAUGGAAAGCUUCAUUCCUUCGAGCCGGUGUCUACCCGGAAAAACAGAAGGCUGCACCAGAGGAUGAG